AGUGCGGCGCAGCGCUGUCACCGGACCGGAAGGAGCUGCUUCGUAACACCAUAAGGCGGAGCAGAGCGACCUGGAAGCCCAGAUCCGUAGCUGUCACCGCCGCCCUGGAAAGAUUCCCGGUUGUUUUUCUUUAAAAUUGGGGAGGAUCGCUUCUCGGACGCGGCCUAGCCGGUGAUCAACGCGGCGGCGAGCUGAGCGACGCAGGCAGCGGACUGCUCUCUAUUCGGGAGUGACCCCAGCAGUCCGGCACCACCGCGGCAAAGAUGUCUGCGCCUGGGGGUAGCAGCGACUGCCCCCACCUGCAGUGCGUGGGGGAGGUCACCAAGGAGGAGCUCAUCCAGAAAUCCCAUGGACAAUGCCAGGACUGUAAGGUGGGGGGACCCAACUUGUGGGCCUGUCUGCAGAACGGCUGUGUGUACGUGGGCUGUGGGGAGUCACACGUGGACCACAGCACUGUGCACUCGCAGGAGACUCACCACAACCUGACGGUGAACCUGACCACGCUGCGCGUUUGGUGCUACGCCUGCAGGAAGGAGGUCUUCCUGGAACGCAAGCUGGGCUCCCGCUCGCCCGCGUCGCCUUGCAGGCCCCCGCCCCCCCCUGCCCAGCACAGCCCCCAGGAGGCCCCCAGGGUCCUCGGGAGCCCUGCCCUGCGGGCCCCGCCAGCAGCUGUCUGCGAUGACCUGGACACCGAGAUGGAAGAUGAGGACGAGCUCCGGACACGCGGCCUGACUGGGCUGAAGAAUAUCGGGAACACCUGCUAUAUGAAUGCUGCCCUUCAGGCCCUCUCCAACUGCCCCCCGCUAACCCAGUUUUUCGUCGACUGCGGAGGCCUGGUCCGGACAGAAAAGAAACCUGCACUCUGUAAGAGCUACCAGAAGUUGGUGUGUGACCUGUGGCAUAAGAACAGGCCCAGCUAUGUCGUGCCCACGAACCUUUUCCAGGGGAUAAAAACCGUGAACCCCAUGUUCCGUGGAUACUCACAGCAGGAUUCGCAGGAGUUCCUGCGCUGUCUGAUGGAUCAGCUACACGAGGAGCUGAAGGAGGCGGUGGUGGAAACCGAGGAGGUUCCACACGCCACCCCCAUGGACGAGGCGGCCGAGGACGACCAUAGCCAGUCAGACAACGACUUCCAGUCGUGCGAUUCCUGCGGCAGCAGUGAGCGGGCGGAGAGUGAGGUGGCCCGAGUGGCGGAGGACACCAAUGAGGCCGAGAUGCUCCUUCCCGAGGAGGUGCAGGACAACCGAGACUGGCAGAAGGAGAAGAACCUCAUCAACGAGCUGCACCGUGCCAGCGCCAGCAGCCACGAUCUCGACAAGGACAUCGACACGGCUGCCGAGGCCACGCCCGUCAUCAGCAGCCAGGGGGCGGUCAAGAUGCAGACGCAGGGCCGCCUAUCAGACUGCUACCUGGACAUCCACAUCAGCACCUCCAGGCCGCAAAGCCCCACCACCCAUGAUGGGAUCGGUUCCAAAAUAUCCAGCAGCCCUCCUAAGUCUGCCCCAGGGGGCUGGCCGGGUCUCAGCACCUCCCACAAGAAAGCAAUGACCUCACUGACUCCGCCCAAGAGCCGGACGCAGAAGCGGUACCGCAGUGUGAUCUCGGAUGUGUUCGACGGCACUAUCGUCAGCUCCGUGCAGUGCCUAACAUGUGACCGGGUGUCCGUGACGCUGGAGAACUUCCAGGAUAUCUCGCUGCCCAUCCCUGGCAAGGAGGACCUGGCCAAGCUACACUCUGCCUCCUGCCACCAGACGGCGCUGGUGAAGGCCGGCUCGUGUGGAGAGGCCCCCCAGGGCUGGAUCGCCAUUGUCAUGGAGUACAUAAAGAGCUGGCUCUGGGGUCCAGUGGUCACGCUGCAGGACUGCCUGGCUGCUUUCUUCGCCAGGGACGAGUUGAAAGGCGAUAACAUGUACAGUUGUGAAAAGUGCAAGAAGUUACGGAACGGAGUUAAGUUCUGCAAAGUGCAGAGUCUUCCGGAGAUCCUGUGCAUCCACCUAAAGCGCUUCCGGCACGAGCUCAUGUUUUCCACCAAGAUCAGCACGCACGUCUCCUUCCCGCUGGCCGGCCUUGAUAUGCAGCCCUUUCUCGCCAAGGACAGCUCCGCCCAUAUUACCAGCUACGACCUGCUGUCUGUCAUCUGUCACCACGGCACUGCAAGCAGCGGACACUACACCGCUUAUUGCCACAAUGACUUGAAUAACCUGUGGUACGAGUUCGAUGACCAGAGCGUGACCGAGGUCCCAGAGUCAUGUGUGCAGAAUGCGGAGGCCUACGUUCUCUUUUACAAGAAGAGCAACGAGGACGCCGUGAAGGAGCGCCGGCGAGUGUCGGGCCUGCUCAGCAUGGCGGAGCCCAGCCUGCUGCAGUUCUACAUCUCACGCCAGUGGCUCAACAAGUUCAAGACCUUCGCAGAGCCGGGGCCCAUCUCCAACAACGACUUCCUGUGCUCCCACGGAGGCGUCCCCCCCCACAAAGCGUCCUACAUUGAUGACCUCGUGCUGAUGCUCCCCCAGAACGUGUGGGACCACCUGUACAGCAGGUACGGAGGAGGACCAGCUGUCAAUCAUCUCUAUGUCUGCCACGCCUGCCAAAUGGAGAUCGAGAAGCUGGAGAAGAGACGGAAGGCAGAGCUCGAUAUGUUUGUUCGGCUGAAUAAAGCCUUCCAGGAGGAGGAAUCUCCCGCCGUCAUCUAUUGCAUCAGCAUGCACUGGUUUCGUGAGUGGGAGGGCUUCGUCAAAGGCAAGGACAACAAUUUGCCUGGGCCCAUCGACAACACUAAGAUCGCGGUGAACAAGAACGGGCAUCUCACACUGAAGCAAGGGGCAGAUUCGGGGCAGAUCUCUGAGGAGACGUGGAACUUCCUGAAUUCGAUCUACGGUGGGGGGCCGGUGGUGACAUUGCGGCCAAACGUGAGCCAGGCGGAGUCUGAGCCAUCGCAGGCGGAGGAGAAGAUCGAGGUGGAGACCCGCUCGCUUUAGCCCUGCCCACCAGACGCCGGGCCGAAAACACUUUUAUUUUGCACUUGACUUUUUAUUUGGAGAAGCACUCAAAGGCAUGUCCCCACCAUUCCGUAAAUUACAGUGAAUGCGAGGAAUAGAUACCGCCAUGGUACAUUUUGUGAUGUGUAUAUAUCCUUUUUAUUACCGCGGAGGACUACAGGUAGCCACGGAGGUGGGCUAGUAAGCCGUGUAUUUAACUUGGUGCAGCUGAACAUGUAUCAUUACCAUGUUUCUUUCCCACAGACCAAAUGGAGCGUGUUACCCUGUGAGUGCUCACCAAGGGUAACAAGCCUCUGUAGAUGAGCCCCCAACUCUUAAUGUGUCCUGUAGAAAGUGGUUAGCAUAAGGGGAAAAAUGCUUAAUCAAAAUCUACAGAUUACCAAGGGAUACUAAGUACUUAAGUAGUCUCAGGAAAGACCGUAAUUUUGCACUGUACUGUGUAAGAAUCGAAGGCGCCCACGUGGCCCGGGAGCGGGAUCCCCGUCUCACGUCACGUAACUCCGAAGGCUGUAGUUUAAUACGCCGGUUAUAGAGUUUUGUAGGGAAGCUCAGCAGAAGCAUGCUUAACUUACACGUACAAGUGAGUUUAACAAGUUCUCUGGCUGCCAGAACGUUGUGGGUCGUGAGCGGUUAUGUUGAUUUGCAUGUAAAUAUUGCUUCUGCUUCCAGCAUAAUGUUAACUUAAGCAAAACUGCAGCUGUCUUGUAAGUGAAAUUAUAUGUAUAGAAUACAUAAUGACCUCGACAGAUCCAGCGAUUUCUCACUGUUUCGAUCUUAAGCAAAGGCAUUACAUAUGUAUGGGCACGAUGCACAUAACGGCGAUCGGGGUGUGAAAGUUCUCUCACAAGAAAAUCACGUGAAUGCUUUAUAAAUAGUAAUAUUUUAGCUGCCCGAUGCUAUUAAAAUAUGGAAAUGGUUUUGUUGAUUUAAAGACGGUGACCAACUCGUCUACGCUUUGAAUACCUGUGUACUGUAAGACCGUAAUAUAAAAUUGCAAUACUUUAUGUAUGAAGUGAUUUACGCUGUUGCAAAUAAAUAGCUGGAAACACUGAGUGCAGAAUGUUCAAAGGUAAA